CUCUCUCUCUCACAUAACGCACACGUGUUCGAAAACUGAUUAAUAAUUCCGUUUGGAAAGAAAUAGUAUUCAUAAAGAAUUGGAAAAUUAACUGUCUUAUAAGUUAGUAUUAUUAACCCUUAUCACAUUAAAAGACAAACCCGCUAGUCAAAUUAAACAAGCUGGUUCCAUACCUAGCAUGCAUGGUAAAACAAUGAACAGUUUGGGUUCGAUCAAGUAGCUUGACUCCAGUUUAAUUAAUUAUAUACAUAUAUUAUAAUCUAAUCAAGCUUAGAAUUAAGAAAAUUAAUGACGUAAUCUUCGAUUGUUAAAGAGCCAAAAUGGAAUAAGGUUGUCCGAAGUACUCGUAUAAACUUUUAAUAAUAUUAACUUUAUUAUAAGAUCAAGAACAUCUUGUAAGUUAAAAAAGACUUGGAGAUUAAUAUAUAUUAGAUACAGUUUUAGAAUGUAUAAAUUUUGCACACUUCAUUUGAAAGAUAAUGGAUGCACCAUUAUAAAGUCAUGAGCACCUUGGGACUGUAAAAAUCUUUUCCAAAAUAGAAUUUGAAAAUGAACUAAACCCAUAUUUGAAAAAAAUAAUAGUAAACGCACAAAAUUCUAUAUUUCAUACUAAGUGCAUGUUUGGGUUUACUAUGAGAAAUAUAGUUUAUAGUUUUAGAGCUUAUAGUUUAGAACUUAUAGUUUAGAACUUAAGUAAUAAGUUCUUCUAUUAAAAAGUUAUUUAUUGUUUGGUAAUUAUAUGUUUAAAAUAUUUUCAAAUAUAUUAUGUUUUAAAAAAAAAAAUUUAAAAAGUACUUUUUGAUGUAAAAAUAACAAUUUUUAAAUGUCUUACGAUGUUGCUAUGAGGAAUGAAGAUCGAGGUAGCUAUGAGGAAUUGUACAAUGCUGUGCGAGAUGGUAAUUUGGAGGAGACAAGACGCAUUCUUGAGUCUCAACCCGAGGCAUUGAAUAAGAGCAUCACAGAUGAAGAUGAAACGGCUCUUCACAUUGCUGUUAUAAAUGGACGUGAGGAUAUAGUGCAGGAGUUGGUGAAUCAAAUGUCGGAGGAGGCUUUGGAAAUGCAUGAUAGUGACGGUUACACAGCUCUAAUCACGGCUGCUGUGCUUGGAAACGAGACAAUGGUGGAGUGCAUGCUUGUAGAUCAACACCGUAGGUUGAUCAGCAUUACAGAUUCAGAGGAAAAUCUUCCUGUUGUUAUGGCUCUUAAUUCCAGGCAAAUAAAAAUGGGGCGCCUUUUGUUUUUUAAAUAUCAUGAUCAUCAUAUUGCAGAUAGUGAUGAGGAGAUUAGCAAAAAUGCCACGCUUCUUACCCGAGCUAUCUAUACCGAAACUUUGGAUAUUGCUUUGGAAUUAAUCAAACGCUGCCCACGUUUGGCACUGACUCAUGACGAGUCUGGCGAGUCUCCCAUCUUAGCAUUGGCCUCUAUGCGUCAUUUCUUCCCAAGUGGAAAUCAGCUCGGAUUUUGGAAACAAUACAUCUACUCCUGGUUGCCCGUUCCAUCCGUUCCUCCAACUGGUGAUAUUCCUUCGAAUGUCCAAAGCAAUCAAGAAGAUCAAAAUAACAGAUCAGGGUUGCCCGUUCCAUUGGUUCCUCCAACUGGUGAUAUUCCUUUGAAUGUCCAAAGCAAUCAAGAAGAUCAAAAUAACAGAUCAGGGUUGCCCGUUCCAUUGGUUCCUCCAACUGGUGAUAUUCAUUUGAAUGUCCAAAGCAAUCAAGAAGAUCAAAAUAACAGAUCAGGGUUGUCCGUUCCAUCGGUUCCUCCAACUGGUGAUACUCCUUUGAAUGUCCAAAGCAAUCAAGAAGAUCGAAAUAACAGAUCAGGUAUGCGUGUUCCAUCGGCUAUUCCAACCAGUGAUCAUAUUCAUUUGAAUGUUUCAAAUGGACAGCAAUGCCAAAGAAAUCAAGAAGAUCAAAAUAACAGAUCAGUACUGUCAGCAAUGUUUGGAGUACUCAACUUCAGUGUAAUCAAGCAGUUGUCGGAAAUGAAGGAGAUCCAUGACCAAUCCCAUGCACUUCUCUCUCAAAUGUGUGAAGCGAUAUCAAAAUCAACAACUCAAGAACUUAAGGAUGGUCUAGUUUAUACUGCCAUUACCCGUGCAGCCAAGAAUGGGAUUUUCGAGUUUGUUUCUAAGAUGCUUGAAAUGGAUCGACGAUUUUUAUGGACUAACGAUAGAAAUCGAAGGAACAUAUUUAUGCUUGCCGUCUUGCAUCGUCAAGAAAAAAUCUUUAGCAUUCUAUACAGGCAGGAUAGGAAGAUGAACUACUUAUUGACAUCUAAAAGAGAUGUCUAUGGCAAUAAUAUAUUACAUAUGGCAGGGAUGAUAGAAGAUUCCACUUGGGUUAAUAAAAUCCCAGGGGCAGCUUUACAAAUGCAAAGAGAAUUACAAUGGUUCAAGGAUGUAGAGAGAAUUGUCCAUCCCAAGGAUAAGGAAAGUACCAACGAGGAUGGUUUAACUCCCCGACAACUGUUUACGAAGAACCAUGCGGACUUAAUGGAAAAUGGACAGAAAUGGAUGAAGGUUACAGCAACGUCAUGCACUGUGGUGGGUGCUCUGAUUGUUACCAUUAUGUUCGCUGUAGCUUUUACUAUUCCGGGUGGCAACGACCAAACUACAGGCUUUCCAAUAUUCUUAAAGAAAAAAUUGUUUGUGCUCUUUAUAAUAUGUGAUACAUUGUCCCUUUUUUCUUCCUCAACUUCAAUCUUGAUGUUUUUGGGAAUCCUCACAUCAAGUUAUGCAGAAGAUGAUUUUCUUGAGUAUUUGCCGAGGCAGAUGAUAAUAGGCCUUUCCACCCUCUUUUGCUCUAUUGCAACCAUGGUGAUAGCCUUUUCUACUGCUCUUAUAAUCAUGCUACAUGACCAAUAUUCUUGGAUUUUGAUUCCUAUCAUUUCUUUGGCUUGUGUCCCAGUCAUCAUUUUCAUAUGGAUGCAGUUCCCUCUUCUUAAAAUUAUGAUCUUUUCAACCUAUGGAUCAGGCAUCUUCAACAGGAAAAAGAAAAUGUAAUUAAUGUAAUUGAUCUAGUACUAUGUAAGUAUGGUGCAGCUUGCUGUAGGACAUCAUGUAUAUUUGUUGAAUGAAUUAUAUAUAUUUGUGAUAUUUAAACGUUUUUACAUACAUUG